UUAACUGUGAGUCGUACAUGGUUUGAGCGAGUGAGCAUGAUGGUGAUCCUGUUGAACUGUGUGACCCUGGGAAUGUACCAACCGUGCGAGAACAUCGACUGCUCCUCGCAACGCUGUCAGAUCUUGCAGGCUUUUGACGCAAUUAUUUAUAUCUUCUUUGCCGUGGAGAUGGUGGUGAAGAUGGUGGCUCUCGGCAUCUUCGGUCGCCGCUGUUACCUUGGCGACACGUGGAACCGACUCGACUUCUUCAUCGUCAUGGCAGGGGUUGUGGAAUACUCUCUGGACCUUCAGAACAUCAAUUUAACAGCCAUCAGGACAGUCAGGGUUCUGCGGCCGCUCAAAGCCAUCAACAGAGUCCCGAGUAUGAGGAUCUUAGUAAAUCUACUCCUGGACACACUUCCAAUGUUGGGCAACGUGCUCCUGCUCUGCUUCUUUGUCUUCUUUAUCUUCGGCAUCAUCGGCGUGCAGCUGUGGGCGGGGCUUCUGCGAAACCGCUGCUAUCCUGAUAAGAAUUUUACGCUAUCAUCAGGAAUGGCCCUGCCUUCUCCCUACUACUCCCCUGAUGAGGAAGAUGAACGGCCCUUCAUUUGCUCACUGCCCCAGGAUAACGGAAUCAUGUCGUGCACCGAUGUCCCGGCGCGGCGUGAGGGAGGCCGCGAGUGCUGCUUGGACGUGGAGGAUGCCCUUCACUUACAGACUCUGGGCCUGGCAGGUGAUCCUCUCCUCAAUGCCAGCAUGGGUGUUGUGCCAGGCCUCUGUGUCAACUGGAACCGCUAUUACACCCAGUGCCGCACAGGCUACACCAACCCACACAAGGGGGCCAUUAACUUUGACAACAUCGGCUACGCGUGGAUCGUGAUCUUUCAGGUCAUUACUCUGGAGGGCUGGGUGGAGAUCAUGUACUACGUCAUGGAUGCACACUCCUUCUACAACUUCAUCUACUUCAUCUUGCUAAUCAUAGUGGGCUCUUUCUUCAUGAUUAAUCUGUGUCUGGUGGUCAUAGCCACUCAGUUCUCAGAGACAAAACAGCGUGAACACCAGCUGAUGCAGGAGCAGCGUGCCCGCUGUCUGUCCUCCAGCACAUUAGCAUCACUGGCAGAGCCGGGGGACUGUUACGAGGAACUCUUCCAGCUCACCUGUCACGUGCUGCGUAAAGCCCGACGACGCUCUGCUGCCUUCUUCAGGGCCUUGAGACCACGCCCAUGCCAGGCCACGCCUAGUCAAUCACAAAGCAACGUCAAUGGCGGAGAACGGAGUCAGAGGCAACAUCAGGGCUCCCAGUGCCACCAUCACACAAAGCCUGAUCAUGCUUCUCCUGAAGGUUCACCUCCCGCCUCCGAGGACUGUCCACACUGCGUGGCCCUGUCUCUCAGAGAUGGUGCAGUGCCGGCAGGGACAGCGGCCAAUCAGGAGGCAGAGGACGGUGCUCAGGAGGACACAGAUGGACAGAAUGGCCAAUCAGGAGAGCAGAAGGAAAAGAGGGUGUAUAAGGGGAAAUGUAAGGAGCUGUGGAUGGAGAUGAGGAUUAAACUGUGGGGAAUCGUAGAGAGCAAAUACUUUAACCGAGGCAUCAUGAUUGCCAUUCUCAUCAAUACAAUCAGCAUGGGCAUCGAACAUCAUGAGCAGCCAGAGGAGCUGACAAAUGUCCUGGAGAUCUGCAACAUCGUCUUCACCAGCAUGUUUGCCCUAGAAAUGAUCCUAAAGUUGACUGCCUUCGGUUGCUUCAACUACCUGCACAAUCCUUAUAACAUUUUCGACGGCAUCAUCGUUAUCAUCAGCGUGUGCGAGAUCGUCGGACAAUCUGACGGUGGACUGAGCGUGUUGAGGACGUUCAGGUUGCUCCGCGUGUUAAAGCUGGUGCGCUUCAUGCCCGCCCUGCGCCGGCAGCUCGUGGUCCUGAUGAAAACCAUGGACAACGUGGCCACGUUCUGCAUGCUGCUCAUGCUCUUCAUCUUCAUCUUCAGUAUCUUGGGAAUGCACAUAUUCGGCUGUAAGUUCAGUCUGAAAACGGAUGCUGGAGACACGGUGCCUGACAGGAAAAACUUUGACUCUCUUCUUUGGGCCAUAGUGACUGUUUUCCAGAUCCUGACUCAGGAGGACUGGAACGUAGUGUUGUAUAACGGCAUGGCCUCCACCUCUCCUCUGGCAGCGCUGUACUUCGUGGCACUCAUGACAUUUGGAAACUAUGUGCUUUUUAACCUACUUGUUGCUAUUCUGGUAGAGGGAUUUCAGGCAGAGGGUGAUGCUAAUCGGUCAUAUUCAGACGACGACGGGUCAUCUUCCAACUAUGAUGGGAGUGAGAGACACAUGGACUCUCUCCAGCUCUCUGAUCCUAAACUGUGUGCUUUGACUCCUAAUGGGCACCUGGAGAUGAAUCCCAUCGCAGGUGGAAGGAUAAAUUUGGAAGAGGAAUCUCAUGAGAGCAGUGUCACCAGUCUGGGAAAGAGCAGCCUGGAGCAACGAUCUUUCUGUCAUGGCCGUAGUUCCCUGUACCGCCACUGGGGGCGACCCCACCCCCAGUCAGCAUGGAGUCGCCGCUCUAGCUGGAACAGCGUGGGUCGUGCCACUCGGGGCCUGGCAGUAGGGGGCAGCCUGCGGGUCCGGGGUCCCCACUCCCACCCUGCUGAGCGGGAAUCUCUCCUCUCCCCACGCCCCCAACUCUCACAUCACCCACCCCUCCUUUCCCGCCGCUACUCCCUUCGCCGCGAUCGGCGUGCCCUCUCACUCGAGCUCCCCGAGCAGCUCCAGCUCCCUGGACCCCCACUACUACAGCACCCCCUUCUGAUCAGGAAGAAAAGUGUGUGUGGGGAGCAGCAUCACCACGAUUGUAACGGAAAAGCACCAAUGCGUCAGAGAGCGCUGCUGAGCGAGGUUUAUCCCCAACUCAAUGCUCGGAAAGACAAACCACACCUCGAUGAGGAGACAGACUAUAGCCUAUGUUUUCGGAUCCAGAAGAUGAUGGAGGUGUAUCGCCCAGACUGGUGCGAGACGAGAGAAGAUUGGUCUGUCUACUUGUUUUCCCCUGAGAACAAGUUCAGGUUAACUUGUCAGAAGAUCAUUGCUCAUAAACUGUUUGAUUAUGUAGUGUUGGCCUUUAUCUUCCUCAACUGCAUCACAGUGGCCCUUGAAAGACCAAAGAUUCACCAAGGCAGUCUGGAGCGAGUCUUUCUCACCAUCUCUAACUAUAUCUUCACGGCCAUCUUCGUGGCUGAGAUGACGGUCAAGGUGGUUUCUAUGGGUUUGUAUCUGGGAGAUCGGGCGUAUCUGCGCAGCAGUUGGAACAUUCUGGAUGGUUUCCUGGUCUUUGUGUCUCUAAUUGAUAUAGUUGUGUCGAUGGCAGGAGGGGCCAAGAUCCUUGGUGUGCUACGUGUCCUACGGCUACUCAGAACCCUGCGCCCCCUCAGGGUGAUUAGUCGGGCUCCUGGACUGAAACUUGUAGUGGAGACCCUCAUUACCUCUCUCAAGCCUAUAGGAAACAUUGUGCUCAUCUGCUGUGCAUUCUUCAUCAUCUUUGGCAUCCUCGGAGUGCAGCUCUUCAAAGGGAAGUUCUAUUAUUGUGUUGGCCUGGAUGUCAAGAAUAUCACCAAUAAGUCAGAUUGUCUGUUGGCUAAAUACAAAUGGGUUCAUCACAAGUAUAACUUUGACAACCUGGGGCAGGCUCUGAUGUCUCUGUUUGUUUUGGCCUCUAAAGAUGGCUGGGUCAAUAUAAUGUACCAUGGACUCGACGCAGUGGGAAUAGACCAACAGCCGGUGACCAACAACAACCCGUGGAUGCUGCUGUAUUUCAUCUCGUUCCUCCUCAUAGUCAGUUUCUUCGUGCUGAAUAUGUUCGUCGGCGUGGUGGUGGAGAACUUUCACAAGUGCCGGCAGCACCAGGAGGUCGAGGAGGCCAAGCGGAGGGAGGAGAAGAGGCUCAGGCGUAUGGAGAAGAAGAGACGGAAGGCUCAGAAGUUGCCAUACUAUGCCGGCUACGGGCACGCCCGCUUGAUGAUUCACUCUUUGUGCACCAGCCACUACCUGGACAUCUUCAUCACCCUCAUCAUUUGCAUCAACGUCGUCACCAUGUCGCUCGAGCACUACGACCAACCAAAGUCUCUAGAAACUGCUCUGAAGUACUGUAAUUACUUCUUCAGCUCCACCUUCGUGGUUGAGGCCACACUCAAGCUCAUUGCCUUCGGCUUCCGGCGCUUUUUUAAAGACAGGUGGAAUCAACUCGACCUGGCUAUUGUGCUUUUGUCUGUGAUGGGCAUCACUCUGGAGGAAAUCGAGAUUAACGCCUCACUUCCUAUAAACCCCACUAUUAUUCGGAUCAUGCGGGUGUUAAGGAUCGCCCGAGUGCUGAAACUGUUGAAGAUGGCCACCGGGAUGCGUGCUUUGCUAGACACGGUAGUUCAGGCAUUACCUCAGGUGGGAAAUCUGGGUCUGCUGUUUAUGUUGCUGUUCUUCAUCUAUGCUGCUCUGGGUGUAGAGUUGUUCGGGGAACUGGUAUGCAAUGCAGAUUACCCGUGUGAGGGGAUGAGUCGCCAUGCCACCUUCGAGAACUUCGGGAUGGCCUUCCUGACACUUUUUCAAGUCUCAACCGGUGACAAUUGGAACGGGAUCAUGAAGGACACACUGCGCGAGUGCCCACCGGGCGACACCUACUCCUGCAAUGGCAGUCUGCAGUUCAUCUCGCCCAUGUACUUUGUGAGUUUUGUGCUGACAGCUCAGUUUGUACUCAUCAACGUGGUAGUUGCCGUGCUAAUGAAGCACCUGGACGACUCGAACAAAGAAGCGCAGGAGGAGGCGGAGAUGGACGCCGAAAUCGAGCUAGAGCUUGCACAGGGAGGGCUCUGCUGCCUGGGUGGGCUGGCAGCCGCUGCUGGGCCGGGUAUCGGGAUUGGAAGUGUAGGUGGAGGAGCUGGCGGAGGCGGCGGCGGAGGUGGAGCUGGAGGAGAGAGGCCAAGCCUUGAUUGUGGAAGCAGACAGGCAGCCAUGGUGGGGGCUCACGUCCAUGCCAGCCAAAGCGGGUACACCCCUCCGAGUGGAGGACAUGAAUCACACAACCACAGGAAGCUCUACUCACCUGCACAGGAGAACCUCUGGUUGGACAGUGUCUCUCUGCUGAUUAAGGACUCUCUGGAGGGUGAGAUGCAGAUGAUUGAUAACCUGUCAGGAUCUGUCUUUCACCACUACUCCUCCCCGGUGGUGUGCAGAGGGUGCAGGUGCCAGCCAACUGAGAUCCGAUUGGCCGAGGUGGAGCAGGCCUCUCUGAUGUCAGAGCAGCUCUCAGACAAGUCGUCUUCUCCGGCACUUCCUGAUGACCUCAGUCUUGAUGACCACAGUGUGUACCAGCUAGUUGUGAGAGACAUCAAGGAGGAGAGAGGAAGUAGUACCUCUCACAGCUUAGAAGAGCUUCAGGCCGCACCGGCGGAAUGCAGGGCGUCUCAUUCCAAGAGUCGAGCUUUCAGCAUGGGGAGCGAGGCAGGGGAUAGGCUUUCAAACGCAGGCUUUCAGAGGCAGAAGGAAUCAGCAUGUCAUCACCAUGUGCCAUCUCAUAGUCCAGCAGAUGGUGCGCGAGGCAGCAGUAGUGGCAGAAGAGACAAGAGGACGCCCUCUUCUCCCUUUCAUCUCCCUGCAGAGUUCUUCCACCCAGUCACAGCCGUGCUCCAAGGAAGCCUAGCCUCGGGUAUGGUGCGAGCAGGGCGACAUAGGCUCACUUCGCCUGCCUCAUGGGCAUCUCUUAGGUCACCUGGAGCCAACAGCAGGGUCAUGGGCUCACAGCAACCAUCCCACAGUGAGUCAUCAUUAGCCACAGGAAGCUCCGAAGUCAGCCUGCAAACCAUGCUGGAGGAAGGCAUCAACUUCAGGGUACCUCCUUACAGAGACCGGUCUUUACCUCAUCCCCUGCUUUGCCCUGUACCUGAUGAAACCCUCUCUUCCUCGGAUCUCAGCCCGAGACUGCACCCUGACCGAACCAGCCUCCCCGAUCAGGCCACCAGUGGCCACCAGAGGAGUCAAAGCAGCUGCGAUGGCAGCCCCAGGCAUAGCUGCAACAAGCUAAACUCCAUUAAACCUCUGGAUGAGGACACAGGGUCAGGAGGAGGAUCGAGUCAAGCAUUUAACAGCGAACAUUUAUCAGAGACUAUAAGCAGCCUUUCCUUAAGCUCGCUGCUCAUGCCUGGCUCACUUGUGCCACCACUGGCUAAAAAGUUUAACAGCACUGGGAGCCUAGAACAAGGCAACGUGUUGGCGCGAAAUAAAAAUGGACGGCACCUUAGUAGCACUGACGAGCAUCAGUGCAUUUCGAACAUUCGGACAAAAGAGGGAGAUGAAGGGGAUGGGGAGGAAGAGAUUGCAGGUUUGGGGGCCAAAAGCUCCAGUCAAACAAUGGACACCAGCUCUCGGAAAAACAGAUGAAACGCGUCAAUCGUGUUUUUCUUUCUCUCUCUCUCUCUUCUGAAUUGCCUCUCUGUUGAGAGUGGGACUCUUCUUAGUCUUUCAUUCGUGACACAUCCGUGUUUUGUGUAGCCCUGACGGACAGGUCAAGCUCACGUGAACAGGACAGGUAGUAGUUACGAGGACCAGAAGAAAAGUUAAAUCUACAGAGAACCAAACAGAGUUGGCUGUUUAGUUGGGCAUUAAUUACAAAUAUGAAGCAAAAUACAGCUAAUAUAGGCAGAUGAAAGAACACGUGCAAGAACAUCUGUAGAUGAAUGAAAUAGAGUCGUUUUCAUGGCUGUCUAGAUCUCCCAUGAAAUUUGACUCAUGUCGAACCUCUCUCUAAAUGCAACGGGUGACAUUUUAGGAAAGAAGCCUCAUGGUGUCUCUUAUAAUCUAGGACUUUUAAUGUAAGAUGACUGGUUUUUAUAUCAUUCACAAACAAGGUAGCAAUGAUUAAACUUUUAGAAGCUUCCCUUAGUAAAUCAACGAAAAAGUGGUGAUUCUUUUCUAGCUGUGACCCUCAGUAUUAGAUUUUUGUCAAUGUGUAUGUAAGUUUCUGUGUCAGGACUUAAUUAUUCUUAACUUUAAAAAAGGAGGGCUAAUUUAAGAUUUAGUAGCUAGAUUUCAUCAAGACAAUAUCUGGAGCAUAAAAAAAAAAUUAUAAUAAUCAGACAUCCGAUUCUCUGUUGGACAUGAUGGGAUAUUCUGAACUUUUAGCUCUGGGUGGAUAAAUGUACAAAAAAACAAAACAAAAAAACAAAAACAGUUGAAUAUGCAGAAAGCCGAAAGGGAGAAUAGUCUUUAUGAUUGUCCACUUGUUUGAAUGCGAUUUGUUGAGAUUGAUACAGGAGAGCUAAUGAGAAACGAUGGUAUUGUACCAUAAAGAUGUCAAAAAUGAAGAAUUUUAUUUAUUUUUACAAAUAGUAGAAAUCCAAUCUUCCUCAUCCACAUUGUAUGUUUUGUAUCUACAUUUCUCAUAACUGUUUCCAAUUUAAGUGCAAUGCAAAGUAUCUUCAUUCUAAAAAAAAAAAAAAGUAGGAUUUGUUAUUUCUUUUGACUUGAUACCAUAAUAAAAAAAAAGUUAUUCAGGGGUCCAAAACAAAUGUCUUUCAGGAAUUUUAGAAUAUAUUUAUUUAUUUAAUAUUUAUUUUUAUUUGCAGACUGCAUGUGAUUUAGAUUUCUCUUACAGGAUGUAGUCUACCUGCUCUAAAAAGCUCUACCUGCUUAUUAUUAUUAUUUUUUUGCACGAUGUAACUAUAUGAUUUCCUUUUGAAUUCAUUUACGUGUUCUAUUUUAUUUAUUUAUAAAUGUUAUUUUCAUCACGAUCAA